AGAUAGCUCGACGUGUAUAAACAUGAGUUUGGCAUGUCUCGUAUGCAACAGUGUCGAUAGCCCUUCACACUCCCUUAGGAGCUAUUCGGUUUCGAGUUCAGACAACGAGGGAAGAUGCUCUGCAAUAGCCAACUGCUUAAUAUGGAGACCAUCUUUUCCCCCAACACACCACCACCACCACCACCACCACCACCCAUCAUAUGUAGCAUCAGCCAAGGUAACUCCCCAACCAACCAUUUCCAACAGCAACGUAAUGGACGGUACACCCAGGUUGGUUCGAAGCCGAGCCGUAAGAAGGGACCUAGUACAAGACUGGAAUUUCGACGAGGUGGUCGUAGUUCAGCAUUAGCGCGUUUUACGUUCGAGUAGACAAGAGUAGAAUUUUCAAAUGGGCAUGGCGAUGAUCUGAAACGAUUGAGGUAGCGUCUCGCUUCCUAUGCAUUUUUGUUUUCUUAUGGGUACAAAUAUGAAGUUUGUAAGCAUGAGAAAAUGGGAUUUAGAACCUUGUUUAUAUAUAUUAGCUACAGAUUAGUGGUUCAUAGGAGGCAAGGGAUGGGUUUAGGUAAGUUUUGUAAGGUUGGAUGGAAUUAUGCUUUCAAAAUCUUCCAUGAUAUACGCCAAGUUUAUGUAUGUAUAAACAAAUAAGCAUUGUUAAAGAACUUUUUGUAGAAAAGUUCACAUCUCAAUCUUCCAAAACCUUGAAAACUCCUGAGUUUCGAGAAAACAAAUAAGCUCUAUGAAUUGUUGUGCUUUUAGGUA